AUGAAACUUAUAAGAUCUUUGACAAAAUUGAGUCAUGAGACUUUAACCACUGAACUGAAGAAUGGAACACAGGCCCAUGGAACAAUCACAGACAGUUUACCCCUGUAUGCACUACGUAUGGGUGUUGAACCUAAGGUGAAAUCUAAGAAUAAGGAAGCUGUUGCAGGAAGAGGCUGAGGAAGAGGACAUGGCUGAGGAAGAGGGGGUCCUAGGCAAUAA